UUUUAAAAGGCCUGGAAUGCUAAAGUUGGAUGUAGCUAACGUAUAAUAUUUUGGAAAGCAUGAACAAAGGUCUCCUUUUUCGUGGCGAUGUGGCUACUCGGUGGCAAGCUCUGGUUGUAUUUUUCAUAUAUUUUGGGAUCUAAGCAAUACCGCAUACAGUACCAAGACUAUUUGCUUUGAAUGCAGAUAUAAGCGUAUGUCGCUUGUUCCCGCAACUUAAAGCAAGAUGGUAAUGGGGAGCUAGCCAGCCCAAGUCGCAUAGUUUGUUAGCUAGCUUGUAGCCUUAACACCCCCAUCUUGAAACUGACCCCCCAUUGUUGUAGGCGUUCUCGUGGAAUACACACCGAUGAAGCAGAAAUACGCGUCACAAGAAGUUGGAUUCAUCUGUUGAGUCUUCGUCGUAUCAUCAAACUUCAUCCUUGCAAUAGAUUCAAAAGUCUAUCGGAUCCCGUUCGUUUUUCCAGCUCGGAUGCAUUGGCCGAAGGGGACGUUUUGAUCUUGCAAAUGCCAGACGUUUGACGUGAAAACCAUCAAGACUGGUUAGCUUGUGAAGUUAACCUGCUAACGUUAGCUAUCUUUGUCACCUGGCUCAUCAGAAAAUGCACAUUAGCUGCCUACGCCGUUGCUGAAUUUAGACAGACCAUUUUAGAUGUAUGCGAUCCUAACACUAUGCAUUUUCUUUAAUAUCUUGCCACCACGUUCGUAACUUCAGUACAACUUUGUGCUUUGACAUGCGCUUGUCGAGUUCAGAUCAUUUAUUGGCACAAUGAAGUGUCCAGAAAACAACACCAGACAGACUUAAUUUGGCACAAUAACCAGUCCACCCUUUAAUUUCAUCACUUGGGGGCAAAUCGUGACUUUUUUUCUUAGUUUGGCGAUAGUGUGGACGGUUGAGAGAGACAUAAACAGCUAGCCUUAAGCUAACACAUUUUGUUUUGUUGUAAAACUACUUGGCUCACAAUUCAUCUCAAUGGAGAAACAGUAAUGUGCGCGCUUCUAUCCAAAUCGGACAAUUACGCAUGGCGCAUAUUGAUAAUCUCAGUUGUGUUUUGUGGUUGAAGGUUUUGUUGGCAUGUGAAAAGCUAGCCGGGUAAUGUUGACAUCGAUACAGACUGAAAGAUAAACUGUGUCUUGCAAUCAUAACGGCAAUUUUGACGAUCAAUGCCUUUUUCUUGAUCUUGUCAUUGUGUGAGUAGCCUACUUGUAAAGGUUUACGCUUGGAAUUUGAAAUAUUGUUACUUUGCUGUAGCGAGUUGGUUAAACCUGUCUUGACUUUUCCUGUCUGCCACUGAACGAAUGCGAUAGGUUUGGCUACAGACAGUCCAGUUUUGAGUCAUUCAAGCCAGCACGUUUUUUUUUAAGUUCGUGGUAUUUUUGUUACUGCGACAUUUGUAGCUAAAUGACCACCGGAAGGAAUAACCGCAUCAUGAUGGAAGGAGUGGGCGCAAGAGUCGUCCGUGGACCGGACUGGAAAUGGGGAAAACAGGACGGUGGCGAAGGGCAUGUUGGAACCGUGAGGAGUUUUGAAAGUCCCGAGGAAGUGGUGGUUGUUUGGGACAACGGGACCGCUGCCAAUUACCGCUGCUCUGGUGCCUACGACGUGCGGAUAUUGGACAGCGCACCGACAGGUAUCAAACACGAUGGCACCAUGUGUGACACCUGCCGCCAGCAGCCAAUCAUUGGCAUCCGCUGGAAGUGUGCGGAGUGCACCAACUAUGACCUCUGCACCACCUGUUACCAUGGCGACAAGCACCACCUGCGGCACAGGUUCUACAGAAUCACCACACCGGGAAGUGAGAGGGUCCUUCUCGAGUCUCGGCGCAAGUCCAAGAAGAUCACCGCCAGGGGCAUCUUCACCGGAGGCCGGGUGGUGCGUGGCGUGGACUGGCAGUGGGAAGACCAAGAUGGCGGCAAUGGGCGAAGGGGAAAGGUUACAGAGAUCCAGGACUGGAGUGCAGCCAGCCCUCACAGUGCGGCCUACGUCCUGUGGGACAAUGGAGCCAAGAAUCUCUACAGAGUCGGAUUUGAGGGCAUGUCGGAUUUGAAGUGUGUCCAGGAUGCCAAAGGGGGAACGUUCUACCGAGACCACUGCCCAGUGUUGGGUGAACAGAAUGGCAGUCGGAAUCCUGGAGGGCUGCAAAUUGGCGACCUGGUUAACAUCGACCUGGACCUGGAGAUUGUGCAGUCCCUGCAGCACGGGCACGGAGGCUGGACCGACGGCAUGUUCGAGACGCUCACCACCACCGGCACCGUCUGCGGCAUCGACGAGGACCAUGACAUCGUGGUCCAGUACCCCAGUGGAAAUCGGUGGACGUUCAACCCGGCGGUGCUGACGAAGGCGAAUGUGGUGCGCAGCGGGGAGGUGCCGGCGGGGGCGGAGGGAGGCACCUCCCAGUUCCUGGUGGGAGACCUGGUGCAGAUCUGCUACGACAUCGACCGCAUCAAGCUGCUGCAGAGGGGACACGGGGAGUGGGCCGAGGCCAUGCUGCCGACCCUGGGCAAGGUGGGCCGCGUGCAGCAGAUCUACUCGGACAGCGAUCUGAAGGUGGAGGUGUGCGGCACCUCGUGGACGUACAACCCAGCCGCCGUGACCAAGGUCGCCCCCGCCGGCUCCGCUGUUACCAACGCCUCCGGAGAGCGCCUCUCUCAACUUCUGAAGAAGCUCUUCGAGACGCAGGAGUCGGGCGACAUUAACGAGGAGCUGGUGAAGGCGGCUGCCAACGGUGACCUGGCCAAGGUGGAGGACAUCAUGAAGAGGCCGGACGUGGACGUGAAUGGGCAGUGUGCUGGCCACACAGCGAUGCAGGCCGCCAGUCAGAACGGCCACGUGGACGUCCUCAAGCUGCUGCUCAAGUACAGCGUCGACCUGGAGGCUGAGGAUAAGGAUGGCGACCGGGCCGUGCACCACGCAGCGUUUGGCGACGAGGGUUCCGUGAUCGAGGUGCUGCAGAGGGGCGGAGCCGACCUGAACGCCCGGAACAAGCGCCGCCAGACGCCACUGCACAUCGCCGUCAACAAGGGCCACCUCCAGGUGGUCAAGACGCUGCUGGACCUGGGCUGCCACCCCAGCCUACAGGAUUCUGAGGGCGACACACCUCUGCACGACGCCAUCAGUAAGAAGCGGGACGACAUGCUGUCUGUGCUGCUGGAGGCCGGAGCCGACGUCACCAUCACCAACAACAACGGCUUCAACGCCCUGCACCAUGCUGCACUGCGUGGGAACCCCAGUGCCAUGCGUGUGCUGCUGUCCAAGCUGCCCAGACCCUGGAUCGUGGACGAGAAGAAGGAUGACGGCUACACAGCACUGCACCUGGCGGCGCUGAACAACCACGUGGAGGUGGCAGAGCUGCUCGUGCACCAGGGAAAUGCCAGCCUGGAUGUCCAGAAUGUCAACCAGCAGACUGCGCUGCACCUCGCCGUGGAGCGCCAACACACCCAGAUUGUCCGGUUGCUGGUGCGGGCGGAGGCGAAGCUGGACGUGCAGGACAAGGAUGGGGACACGCCGCUGCACGAGGCCCUGCGUCACCACACGCUCUCCCAGCUGCGGCAGCUGCAGGACAUGCAGGACGUCAGCAAGGUGGAGCCCUGGGAACCCUCCAAGAACACGCUCAUCAUGGGCCUGGGUACCCAGGGGGCCGAGAAGAAGAGCGCUGCCUCCAUCGCCUGUUUCCUAGCAGCCAACGGUGCUGACCUCACCAUCCGCAACAAGAAGGGCCAGUCUCCGCUGGACCUGUGCCCGGACCCCAGCCUGUGCAAGGCCCUGGCCAAGUGCCACAAGGAGAAGACCAGUGGGCAGGUCGGCUCUCGCAGCCCGUCCCUGAACAGCAACAGUGAGACGCUGGAGGAGUGCAUGGUGUGCUCGGACAUGAAGAGGGACACUCUCUUCGGGCCCUGCGGCCACAUCGCCACCUGCUCCCUCUGCUCGCCACGCGUCAAGAAGUGUCUCAUCUGCAAGGACCAGGUCCAGUCACGGACUAAGAUUGAGGAAUGUGUGGUUUGCUCUGAUAAGAAGGCAGCCGUGCUGUUCCAGCCCUGCGGACACAUGUGCGCCUGUGAGAACUGUGCCAGCCUCAUGAAGAAGUGUGUACAGUGUCGCACUGUGGUGGAGCGCCGCACUCCCUUCAUCUCCUGCUGCGGAGGGAAAGGUAUGGAGGAUGCAGCUGAUGAUGAGGACCUUACAGGGAGCUCUAACUCUGUGGCAGGGGGCUCGCAGGAACUUCUCCAGCCCAACAAUCUGGCGCUAAGUUGGUCAGGGAGUUCUAACUCAGUGGCAGGGGGCUCGCAGGAACUUGUCCAGACCAACAAUCUGGGACUAAAUUGGUCCAGCGGCAACAUCCCCGCCCUGCAGAGGGACAAAGACAACACUAACGUCAACGCAGACGUGCAGAAGCUACAGCAGCAGCUGCAGGACAUCAAAGAGCAGACUAUGUGUCCGGUGUGUCUGGACCGGCUGAAGAACAUGAUCUUCAUGUGCGGCCACGGCACCUGCCAGCUGUGUGGCGACCGCAUGAGCGAGUGCCCCAUCUGCCGCAAGGCCAUCGAGCGCCGCAUACUGCUCUACUAGAGGCUGGGGCUUCGUUUUGGGGCCUCCUCCACCUCCCUGCCAUUGCUCUUCAGCCCACCAGACAGACAGACAGACAGACUGACUGACGCACAGGCCGCCAGCAAGCAAGCAAGCAAGCUUCUCUCAUCCACACACUUCUCUCGGUGUAUGCAAGACUUUUUUCUGCCUGUCUCUCGCUCUCACUAAGCUGCCAGUCAUCAGUGUUAAGGUGUAGACUCAUCCCGCAAAAAAAAAAAACAACAAUCCUGGUCUGUCUACUUAAAAAAAAAAAAAAUCAGCAAGUAUCAUCCUUUCCUGUGUAUCUUGCAGAACAUUUAUUCCCCAGCUAUUACUUCGCAAACCUCAGCCAAGCCCCAUCCCUUUUUCCACACCUGUGCACCAAAAAGACGUUGUUUACUGGUGAGGUGUCAGAUGGCUUCUGUGCUUGUCAGUUGAUCCGCGGAUCUCCCGUCUCUUUAGUCUGGGUCGCCAUGGACACGCUUGGUCGAGAGUGUAAACAUCGGUAGCAGUUGUGUGUACAGAGAGAGGACUGGAGGAGAGGGGAGGGGAUCCCUCUGGAGUCCUCGUUCCCUGUGUGUGCCUCUGACCUCGCGCUUUUAUGUGUCACCGCACAUGUCGGCAUGUAGUCAACCCCACCCUUUCUCCAGCCUUCUCCUCAGCUCUCCAAACCCACCCUUACACAACCGCACUCCUGUCCCAUGCCCUCCUUUAUACCCUUAGCCAACCUCCUGCUAGCUGUUUAUUUUAUUAUUAUUAUUUUUACAAUAAUGUAAUCUGAUGCAAGCCUAGCUGUAAAAGAUGCAGCCCAUUGAGGGUUUUUUAAAGGGCUCUGGGUACUUGUAAGCGUUGCCCAAGCCUUUUGGAUCCACAUGCAGCCUGCUGUCAUCUCGUGUUAUGGCAGUCACUUAUGUGUUACACGCCGUAUUGGGGAGGGAGGCAUGUUAAGCCCCCUAGUGUUGUACCUUAGUCAAAAAGCCGUGCCAUCUCCCGAACGGAGAUGGUUUUUGAGACAUUGUUUCACCAGUCUCACUCGACUGCCAUUGUGGAACACUUUUACCACUCUGAGAACCCAUGCAAACAUUGUGGUAGAAUUUACUGAUCAUACCAUGGCAACCAUCAUGGUAGUGUUAGUGGCGCAUGCUCUCUCCCACAUGCAAAGAGGUCUUGGUUGGGUGGAGGUUACUGAUUGAUCAGACCCUGUCAAUUCUCAAGUGUAGUAUUUGGUCAGAGUGAAACCCCACACUAGAGUAUUACUGUAGCAUCCCACCAGCCCUAUCCCUUAAUUUACCCCCCACCACCACCCCAAAACCCUCGCCAUAAGGCAAUGGAAUGUGGGUUUGUUACAAUUGUGUUCAAUAACCCCCUUGUGCUGUCUAAGGUUUCGAAACAGGAUUGUGUUGGUUAGGCAUGUGUGCUCACCCUUGACCAUCACUUUGCAAGUUUAAAGUGGGGGGACUAUGAUUUAAUUAAAAACUAAUGUGAUUUUCUUUUUUUCUCUCUCAAUGUUUGCUAAUGACCAUAGAGGAUUAUGUGCCAUUGUUUCCAAAAAAGAAAGAAAGAAAAUGACCACACCCUUGGCGGAUAAGGUGCUGUUUACCUCUUUUGAAGAAAAACAAAAACAUUUUUAUUUAAGAGCAUCAUCACGAAAAAGCCGAUGAAAAGAGCUACAGAGUACAAUCUAAUAUAAAGCCAAGACUACAAAGCCUCUACUUUAGUAGUGAUAGAAUAAAUUAUUUUAUAUUGUUACCAAGGUAUAGAAUGAGGGAUAUUUCAGAUUGUUUGAAAGGUUAGCCUUUUUUCUCUCUCCAAAGCUGUCAGCCUCAAUGGAUUAAAAAUAAUAUGACGAGAAUUAUGAUGGAAUUUGGAUGUACUGUACAUCAACACUUUGUUUUCUUUUAGUUCUGUAGUAAUUUUUUUCUUGACUGUACUCAGUCUAAUGCAAGUUAAACUGAACUGAUCGCUGUCUCUCUUCACGUGUCCUGUUUUUCAACCAUGUUUGUUUAUUGUAAGGAGAAAAGAGGAUGUCCAUGAGUUGUGUGUUUGAGUGUGUGUGUGCGCAGGUGUGUGUAUCUGAACCGGACCAGUGUCUUGAGGCAUCAUUUCAGUGUAUGGCAUCCUCUUGCAAAAUAGAAACGCCUUGGUAAUGUUCUGUUUCCAUCUUGACUGCCAAGCACAAAGGUCCUGUUUUAGAAUUAUGGAAAACGUAGCUUCUUUUCUUUGCCUUUUUAACCCAUUUUUUUAUCAAUUUUAAAAUGAUCAUAUUGACAUUUGAAGCUAGAUGCACUAACGUACUUUAAUGGUAGUAUUGUACGGUGUUACAGUAAAGGCCUAUUUUAUACCUUAUUUCUGUUUUUAACAGUAUCCUGGUUUCAAAGAUUUCACUUCUCUCUUCUUUGGCAUGAAUGUUUGUGUUGUAUGCGGUUCAGCCUGUAUCAUUAAAAUGCUGUCACCAUGUAUUGUUAAGUGCUUUUAAAGGAAAUGCAUUGCUGAAUAAAGGUCGAAAGAAAUGA